CACUGUCUUGACAAGCAGCGUGGCGAACCUGUCAACCGUUUCAACGCACUGUGCGCUCAUCGUGAGCGUUGGUGGUGCUGCACCAAGGACCGGCCCACGAUCCUCCUAAGCCCAGUCCAUGUGAGCCUCCCGCUGAUGGUCAACACCGAACUGCGACAGGACACUCCACUCUCUUCCCUUCCCAUCUACUGCACUUCUUCAUAGAAUACACGUUCUUUCUUUGUUCAGUGUAACGCAUUCUCUACAUUCUUUUCGUGGGCUUCUGUUGCCUACAUCACUAAAUUUAUUCUUUUUGUCGUGAUUGGAAAAAUUCCCUUGUUGUUUUCUGAAUAAUGUGGACUUCCUCCUCCGCCGCAGGGCUUCUCGCCCUCGCCGCAGUCGUCUCUGCCGGGGCCCAGGUCCCAUCGGCCGGUGAUGUCGCACCUCCGACCUACUCGUUCUCAGAUUCAAACACACCGCUACCAUAUCACCAUGGUGGCAAGUGGCCGCUAGCUGUUUCGACUUCGAAUGAUAACUCGACCGCUGGCAUUCCUCCGAGCCAGGACCCGUGGUAUUCCGCGCCGGCUGGCUACGAGCACGCGAAACCUGGUCAGGUUUUGAAGAUUCGAAAUGCCACCGCAUUGGCGAGCACCAUCGCCAAUGCUAGUGAGGCAUACCACAUCCUCUACCGCACGACAUCUGGUGAUUACAAGGCCGCCUGGGCCGUGACGACCCUGCUCGUACCAUUCGCCAACAUCACCACUUCCCGCGACAAGCUACUGUCUUACCACAUUCCUUACGACUCAGCGGACGUCGAUGCUAGCCCGAGUUACACCUUGUACUCCGGUGGUGGAUAUGGUGGUGACGCUGCUAUCACCGAGGCGCUCGGACGCGGUUACAUCGUCAGCACUCCCGACUACGAAGGCCCGGGUGCCUUCUUCACCGCGGGUGUGUUUUCCGGACACGCCACUCUUGACUCUGUUCGCGCCGUUCGUUCCAAGAAGUCUCCAGUCCAGCUUGCUGAAGGCCACCGCUAUGCGACCUGGGGCUACUCCGGAGGUGCUCUUGCCGGUGAAUGGGCUGCUGAGCUUCAGGUUCAAUACGCACCCGAGCUGAAGUUUGAAGGCCACGCGCUUGGUGGUCUCACUCCUAACAUCACCAGCGUCUUGUACACCAUCAACGGCACCGUCUAUGCCGGUCUGGCCCCCGCUGGCAUCGUCGGCAUCCUGUCCCAAUACCCUGACACCCAGGCCUACCUCCUCGCCAAUUUGAACCCCAGCGGCCCUUACAACGCCACACGCUUCCUCCAGACCAAGAACUUCACUCUGCUCGAGUCCAUCGCGCAAUUCGUCGGCCAGAACAUCUUCCUCUACUUCCAGAACGGCGAGGGCACUGUCCAGUCCCGCUUUGCCAUGAACGUUGUCAACCGCGACGGUGUUAUGGGCUACCACGGCGUGCCGGCGCCGCCGCUCUUCGUCUACAAGGCGAUUGGCGACGACGUUAGCCCUGUCCACGACACCGACAUUCUCGUCGAGCGCUACUGCCGCGUCGGUGCGACCAUCGACUACCAGAGGAACACUGUCGGCACCCACCAGACCGAGAGCACCAACGGCGAUGCUCGCGCUGUGGCGUUCUUGGAGAAGCUCUUCUCCGGCACGUACAAGGCCGAGGGAUGCACGAUCACCAACGUCACCAUCGGUUAAAAGACGGACCUCUAACCUUGUGCAUGAGGUGCAGAGAAUGGGUCAAUGGAAUGGAUAAUUGGAUUGGACACAUUUGUGAACUUCAUAUUGGAGCAUUGGAGAUUUUUUUCGCUUCCUUAGAGGAUUGGGUUUUCUAUUCAUCUCAUCAUCUUGGGCCUGUUUAGGUCGCAUAUGUAUCAUCUGGAAAAGCCUUUCGUAUUGACAAUUAUGGGUUCCAAUUGUCUCUGUUGUGUGAGGGGAAAUUCCGCGAUCUCAAUCUCUAGUGAAGUUUUUGCCAUGCAACGCGUCCUGCGCUCCAGACCAUCGAAGCUGCUUGACCGCUACGCUUGUUUUUCACCUGAUCCUCAUUCGCUUGAGGAUGAACAUGACGUGCACUUAAGUAUCGCCCGUUUAUAGCGAUGACGGAUUGGCCGAUAAGCC